AUGACAACAGUAUACACGCCGCAGAGGCGGUGAGCGUACGUUUUCAAACGUGAACGAUGUCAGCAAUGAGCAAGAAGAUGAUUCAAAACUUGGCUGAAACUCUGUCUAAACAAGUGAAACAUUUUAAUAAAACAGAGACACAAUGUCUCAUUCGGUUGUACAACGCACUACUGGGAGACCAGACCGAGAGAAAGGUUGGGCAUGGUCUGGACCGCGGGAAAUUCAGAAAUAUAUUGCAUAAUACGUUUGGACUGACGGACGACAUGAUUAUGGAUAGAGUUUUUCGUGCGUUCGACAAGGACAAUGACAGCUACAUCAGUGUAAAAGAGUGGCUAGAAGGAUUGGCGGUCUUCCUUCGAGGGACUUUGGAUGAAAAGAUAAAGUACUGUUUUGACGUAUACGACCUGAACGGAGAUGGUUACAUAUCCCGUGAAGAAAUGUUUCAUAUGUUGAAGAACAGCCUGAUCAGACAACCGACUGAGGAAGACCCAGAUGAGGGCAUCAAGGACCUCGUAGAAAUAACACUGAAGAAAAUGGAUUAUGACCACGACAGCAGACUUUCAUGUGAUGACUUUGAAAAGGCUGUCAGGGAUGAAAAUCUGUUAUUAGAAGCUUUUGGAACCUGUCUUCCGGAUGCAAAGAGUAUACAGGCUUUUGAGCAGCAAGCAUUCCAAGUUACAAGAUUCGCUGGAGCAAUGACUCACAAAUAUGAACAAACUUUAUUUUAAAACAAAACAUUGUGCCAGUAA